AUGGCCUACUAUCACGACAAGUAUCGCUUCGAGGAGCGCCCCAGCAGCAGGGAGAGGUCAGGCGAGUGGCAGCCGGAGUGGCUGCCUGCUUACAACUGGCGUGGCCAGCGGCAGUACAUGAUCAAGGCGUAUGAUGACUACGCCCGCGAAUAUGAGGACAUUUAUGUCCGCAGCGUGUGCGAGCUGCGGCGCAAAGGAUACAAGGGCAGCGGCCAGAAGAAGUGGUGGGCAGACCUGUUGGGCUGCGUCACGUGCACCACGGUGUAUGGCUGA